GGACAGCAAGGAGAGCAGAACAAACUCCUAACAGGAGGAGACUCACUCAUGGCCUAUGAGACAGAGGAUCAUGAGACUCAAUACUGCUUUCCUGCCAUCAACUCUUCAUGUAUCAAGGGAAAACGCUCCAGACAUGAAUAUAAUAUCAUGUAUGUGUUUUUUUCAUUGCUGUCAGCAUGGACCGUGUUUCUGAAUCUGCUGGUGAUCAUCUCCAUCUCUCACUUCAAGAAGCUUCACACUCCAACCAACCUGCUCAUUCUCUCUCUGGCUGUGGCUGAUCUAUUUGUUGGACUUAUUGUGAUGCCUGUAGAGGCCACAAAACUGAUUGAGACAUGUUGGUACUUUGGAGACACUUACUGUGGACUGUUUAUGGCAAUUACAGGCUUGCUCCUAUCUGCGUCUUUAAGUAAUUUAGUUUUAAUUGCUGUUGAUCGUUAUAUGGCUGUGUGUCACCCUUUACUGUACCCACAGAAAAUAACCACAACGAAAACUGUAAUGAGCAUCUGUGUGUUCUGGUCUUGUUGUACGACUUAUAACUUUGCCAUUGUAAUAUGUAACGGAUAUUUUGACCCCUCACACAGAACAGAUGUGUGUUAUGGCGAGUGUAUUGCUAUGAUUAGUUCUUCUUGGAGAUUUACUGAUUUGGCAUUUUCCUUUCUAUUUCCUUCUAUCGUGAUCAUCACAGUGUAUUUGAGAAUAUUUUAUGUUGUACAAUAUCAAGUGAAAGUUAUUAACUCUCUGAUGAAGAGUGGUAAAUGUGUAAUAGAAUGUUCAGUGAGGAGGAAAUCUGAGAGUAAAGCUGCUCUGACAUUAGGGAUCAUUGUCACAGUUUAUCUGUUUUGCUGGAUUCCAUACUAUAUACUGACUCUAACAGAAAUUACAGUAAACACUUUCACAACAGUAACAUUUCUAACCUGGACUUUGUAUAUAAACUCAGGUCUGAAUCCUCUCAUCUAUGCCUUAUUCUACCGAUGGUUUAAAAUAUCAGUUAAAUACAUAUUGACACUUAAAAUAUUGGAGCCAGCAUCUUCUGUCAUGGACAUUUUUACAGAUUAUUCAUGA